AUGAGACAAGCUAUGGAGGACGGUGUCAGUGCGGUGCUGUCCAGUGUGGUGGAGGAUGUUGGUCAAGCUGUGCACAGGAACGUUAACGGUGCUGAGCUUCUACAUGAACUGCUGAGGGCGCCGUGGCUUCACGCUCUGCUGAAGAUUUAUGAGGGCCUGUUGCAGUUCCAGAGGUUGACACCCAGCCCCAUUCUGCCUUACGCCUCAGGACUCUCACAUGAGAUCAUGGCUGCAAUACAGAAGGUCCACCGUCCCUCGACUGAAGCUCGAGAGCUCUGCAGCCUCCUCAGCUCACCACACAUCCAGGCCCUCCUGUCAUCCCACGACAGCGUAGCCCAGUUUGACUACGGUCCUGUUUUACCCCCUCUGCCUGACGAGCUACCGGAGGAUGAGGAGGCAAUGAGGAUCGUUUGUCUGGUGAAGAACAACCAGCCGCUGGGGGCGACUAUAAGGAGGGAUGAGGAGACAGGAGAGAUCUACAUCGCCAGGGUGAUCCAUGGAGGACUGGCUGACCGCAGUGGACUCCUCCAUCCUGGUGAUCUGUUAGUGGAGGUGAAUGGAAACCCUGUGGUGGGUCUGGAGCCAGAACAGGUCAUCCAGAUACUGAUCAAUUCCCACGGAACGAUCCUGUUUAAAGUCAUUCCAAACGCAGCUCAGAGCAGCAGCAGCAGCCUGAAGUCGGUGUAUAUGAGGGCAAUGGUGGACUACUGCCCCCACCAGGACUCCUCCAUCCCCUGUCCGGAUGCAGGAAUGGCGUUCAGCAGAGGAGACCUGCUGGAGGUGGUGGACCAGUCGGACGGGCAGUGGUGGCAGGCCAGGAAGCUGCCCUGCGCUGUGUCCUGCGCUGGUCUGAUUCCCUCAGCCAGCAUGCUGAAGAGUAAACAGAGGGAACAGUGGUGGUGUCAGCCAUUACAAGGCCAUACCUGCAUCAGACCCUGUGAGGACUCAUCGUUAUCUGUGCACCCACACAUACUUAAAUCUUCACACUUUUCUUCACACAACAUGAAACCUUUUGGCCUUUUUCCCACACUGAAGUCUGGCUGUGACGAGUCCAGUUUUCACUUUAAAAAGUGCCUUUUUCUGUCUGUUGCAGAGGACGAUCGAACACCUGCUGACGACAAACGUCGCGUAACAGAGCUGGAAGAAAUUCAUUUUGAUGAGGCCGACUCUGAUAUUACUGAUGGAAUCUAUCUGGCUGGUUUCCGUCGAAGCUUCCGUCUCUGGAGGAGGACGUCCUACAGGAGGAGGCGACAGUCCUGCACCUCCUGCUCACCCAACUGCAACGCUCUGUCCACCCCCUACGAGGAGGUGGCUUUAUACCAGCGCCCCCCGCAGGAGAACCAUCGCCUCAUCAUCCUCAUCGGUGCUUCAGGAGUUGGAGUUAAUGAACUGAGGAAAAGACUCAUCAAACUGAACCCUGCGACCUUCCAGGGACCCGUACCUCACACCACUCGUCCAAUCAGAGCAGGGGAGCAGACGGGAAGGGAGUACCACUUUGUCACCAAAGAGCUGUUUGAGUACAUGGUCUGUAACCACAGGUUUGUGGAGUAUGGGGAGUGCAGGGGCCACCUGUAUGGGACCAGCACUGAUGCUAUUGACGAGGUGUUAAAACGAGGUCGGAUGUGCAUCGUUGAUGUUGAACCACAUAGCAUCCCGUCGCUGAGGACGAGGAAACUGAAGCCCUACGUGAUCUUCAUCAAAGCUCCGAGUCCAGAGAGGCUGAGACAAACUCGCAGAGACGCCCGAAUCAUCACCAACUACAGCGUGAACAGAGCAUUCACAGACGAUGACUUCGUGGAGCUGGAGGAGGCGUCCCGCCUCAUGGAGGUGAAGUACAAGCAGUUUUUCGACAGCGUGCUGGUGAACGACGACCUGCAGGGCGCCUGCAUGCAGCUCUGCUCCAUCAUCCAGGAGGCCCAGGACGAACCACAGUGGAUACCUGUCAGCUGGAGCCGGGCGGAGGAAUAG